UUUUCUCUAGUUCACUUCUACUUAUCCAUUGCUGGCGUCCUCCACGCUCUGUGGUGGGAAAGGGAAACACACAACAAAAUGUCCAUUUCUGUUCCUCUCCAAACGCUCACUUCUCUAAUCUCUCGCGCAAGGCCUCCACCUCCACUACACUUUCAAACCCAAAGCCCAAAAUCACUGCUUACACAGAGAGUCCACCAUUGUCAUCAUCACUUUCAUCCUCCUUUGAGAACCUUCAAAUGCUCCUCCCAGAGACGUUCUACUAAUGAUGAUCAUCCACAAGAAUAUGAAUUCGAGAGGCUCUUUUCAAACCUUAACCAAGCCACGCUCAAAAGAGAACCUGGAAGUUUAUCCAGUGCAAUAUUUCUGGUGGCCGGUACCACGGUGGGUGCAGGGAUCCUGGCCAUUCCAGCAGUGACACAAGAAUCUGGGUUUUUGGCUUCUGCUGUUGCUUGUAUCCUUUGUUGGAUUUUCAUGGUUGCUACUGGGCUGCUAAUUGCUGAAGUAAAUGUCAACACAAUGUGUGCUGGUUCUGGUGGUGUUUCACUGGUAUCUAUGGCCAGGAGAACUCUUGGACCAGUUGGAGUUCAAAUUGCUUGUUGGUCUUACAUAUUUAUACAUUAUGCCCUUCUUGUUGCUUAUGUGGCUCGUUCUUCAGAUAUUUUGACAAAUUAUCUUGGCAUUCCCUUAUGGGGAAGUGCAACAUUGUUCUCAUUGGUCUUUGGUGGCAUUUGCUACUUUGGAAGCCAGCGCUUUGUUGGUGCUGUUAACGGAGUUCUUGUACUGGGAAUCAUUGCUUCUUUCACUGCUCUUGUGUCUGUUGCAAGUGGAGGCCUAGAGUGGGAUGCACUUCUGAAAGCCAACUUUGCAGCUGUUCCUAUGAGUAUACCAAUAAUUGCGCUGUCAUUUGUUUACCAGAAUGUUGUACCGGUUCUCUGCACAAAUCUUGAAGGAGACGUGUCAAAAGUAAGGACUGCUAUUGUUCUAGGAACAGCGAUACCACUUGGUUUGUUUCUUGUGUGGAAUGGUGUUAUUCUAGGAUAUAUUUCGAAUCUUGAGAUGAGCUCAGAUCAGAUGAUGGAUCCAUUGCAACAGUUACGAUCGAGUAAUGGAGUUGUUGGACCAAUAGUUGAGUUGUUCUCACUUCUUGCCAUUGCAACAUCUUAUAUCGGAUUCAUUUUGGGCCUUUCCGAUUUCCUGGCUGAUUUGCUGAAACUUCCGGCCGGUGAGAAUAAGCCUCAGCCAUAUCUCUUGACUCUGAUUCCACCUCUAGGACUUGCUUUGCUAGACCCGGAGAUAUUUUUUAAAGCCUUGGACAUUGCCGGAACAUAUGGAGUACUGGUAUUAUUCGGAAUACUUCCUGCUGCAAUGUCGUGGUCAGACCGGUACUCCCGAACUUCAUCGACAUCAAUUAAGCUGCCGGAGCUCGUUCCGGGAGGAAGACUUACCCUUACUCUGGUAAUGGCAUGUUCAGGAGGAGUCAUUGCUACUGAAAUAUUUGACAGCUUAGGGCACCCAUGAUUAUAAUUAAGUGACCUUAAUGAUUAAAAAGAUGAAUAUUAUCUCUAGAGGUUUCGAGUUUGAGUA